AUGCGUUCUAAUGGAAUAAAACAUCCAUUCAUGUCAAAUGACUUCCUCCAUUUACCUCGUAAAUAUGGUGGAAGGGGGUUUACAAACAUAAAACAAGAAUUUAUGGUGAUGAUUUUGAUCUUUACAAAAAUUCAAGUAUCAUGGUACCUCCUCCAACCAGAAGACACAGCCUGUCAUUACGCCUCAGAACUUGGUUUUGAAUUAUCAUUUACCGCAAAUGGAAUGUGGACCGUAACUAUUCCAAAAGUCAAUGACGAUAAUGUUACCACUUACACUGUUUACUCAAAUAAUGAAAAUGCAGAACAAUCUGAUAAAAUGUCAUUGGCCAUCAUCAAACACUUUACCAAUCUUCAACUAUAUAAACGAGUAAAAGAAGAGGAAGUAGGUGUUGCAAAGAAACGUUUGUGGAGAAGAUUUCAUGAACAUUGGAUACACUGGAUCAAGGGUUGGACCCAUAUCCCGGCUCAUAUCGAAGCAACAUUUUGGGAAGCAGUUUUGUCGUUAUUACCAAAUAGAAUGUCAUUAGUUCACCGUGAUGCAAGUUCAAAUGCUGAUAGGAGAUGUAGGUUGUGCGCAAGUGCUGAUGAAUCAAUUGAACAUUUAGUAGGUGGAUGUACAGGUAUGAAUAAAUUCGGUAGAAUCACCCGUCAUGACAUGGUUGUUACUGAAAUCAUAAAAUCACUUACUAAACGUUAUGAAAUCCCCAACAUCACAAACUUCAAGGCACCCAUCUUCUCAAACUCUUUAAACAAUCAAACCAUCAUCAAUGUUGAAAUCUUAUGUGAUGUUUGUUUUAAAAACUCUGACUCAAUACAAAAUAAACCUGAUAUUGUAGUCAUUGAUAAAGUAAAACACAUCAUCCGUGUUAUUGAUGUAUGUAUCCCUUUCGAUGGUACAGUGCCCGGAUUAUAUAUUUAG